GCCGCAGCGAGUCCCCCCCUCGCCGUGCGCGGUGGGAGCGCCCGGAGCCGCCCGGCGGGGCGGGCGCUGUGGCGGGCGCGCAGCGAUGGCGGCGGCCGAGGUGGCGCGGCAGGGUGAAGGCUGUCGUACUGUCCCGCUUUCCGGACACGUAGGAUUUGACAGUUUGCCUGACCAGCUGGUUAAUAAGUCAGUUAAUCAUGGGUUUUGUUUCAACAUCCUGUGUGUGGGGGAAACUGGCCUCGGGAAGUCCACUCUCAUGGACACACUUUUCAACACCAAGUUUGAAGGUGACCCAGCAUCUCACUCACAGCCUGGGGUCCAGCUGAAAUCCAAUACCUAUGACCUGCAGGAGAGCAAUGUCAACCUCAAAUUGACUAUUGUCAGCACAGUUGGCUUUGGGGAUCAAAUCAACAAAGAGGACAGCUAUAAGCCCAUUGUCGAGUUCAUUGAUGCUCAGUUUGAAGCCUACUUGCAGGAAGAACUGAAGAUAAAGAGGGUCUUGCACAACUACCAUGACACCCGAAUCCAUGCUUGCUUGUACUUCAUUGCUCCGACAGGCCACUCACUGAAAUCCCUAGACCUGGUGACAAUGAAGAAGCUUGACAGCAAGGUGAACAUCAUUCCCAUCAUUGCCAAAUCUGAUGCCAUUUCCAAGAGUGAGCUGACCAAAUUUAAAAUCAAAAUCACAAGUGAACUGGUCAGUAACGGGGUUCAGAUCUACCAGUUCCCAACAGACGAUGAAUCAGUGGCAGAGAUAAAUGGGACAAUGAAUGCCCACUUGCCGUUUGCAGUGAUCGGGAGCACGGAGGAGCUGAAAAUAGGAAACAAAAUGAUGAAGGCUCGUCAGUACCCUUGGGGCACAGUGCAGGUGGAGAACGAGGCUCACUGUGACUUUGUGAAGCUGCGGGAGAUGCUGAUCCGUGUGAACAUGGAGGACCUUCGGGAGCAGACCCACACACGCCACUACGAGCUCUACAGGCGGUGUAAGCUGGAAGAGAUGGGAUUCAAGGACACUGAUCCAGACAGCAAACCCUUCAGCUUACAAGAAACUUAUGAAGCCAAAAGAAAUGAGUUUUUGGGGGAACUGCAGAAAAAGGAAGAGGCAAUGAGGCAAAUGUUUGUCCAGAGGGUCAAGGAAAAAGAAGCAGAGCUGAAGGAGGCUGAAAAAGAGCUGCACGAAAAGUUUGAUCGCCUGAAGAAGUUACAUCAGGAUGAAAAAAAGAAGCUGGAGGAUAAGAAGAAGUCUCUGGAUGAUGAAGUAAAUGCAUUUAAACAAAGGAAGACAGCAGCUGAAUUGCUCCAAUCUCAAGCUCAGCAGGCUGGAGGAUCCCAGACUCUUAAAAGAGAUAAGGAAAGAAAAAAUUAGCUGCUGUUUGGCUGCAUGGUGCAUGAGGCACAUUGUCCUGUUCGGGUUUCCUGUAGAGCCUUUCCCUUCACACCAGAAGCGAAUGCCCCCACAUUCGGUUAACCCGCAGCUCUCCCGUUGUGCCUGUCUGCUCCCCCUGCCUCCCUGCUCCCCUUCCCGCCCUCACCGCCUUGUUUUACAGCGAGAGGCCUCACCCCUGGCUCCUCGGGGCCGUGGGUGUUAUUGUGAAGAGCUCAGCCUGCCUGGAAGUGCCCAGAGGUGCUGGUUGCUGACACCUCUUCCCCUGGGCAGCCCAGCCCUGGCAGGGCCGAUGUCCCUCUCGGGGUGGUGUGGCAGGAGGGCACAGCAGCUCUGUGGGGUGGGACCUGCUGUCUGCCCAGCCUGGCUGCUCUUCCGCCUUCGUAAUUUGCUGUAGCUAACCCCUCAUUAUCCCCCCACCCCGUGCUGCCACAUGUGUCUCAGAUAAUUUUUAAGGACUUUUUGCAAAACUUGACAUCCUCACAGGCCAAACCUCUUAGUCCCCAGGCCUGGGGGGUUCUCAAACUUGGAUCCACGGUUUGCAACUAAGUGUUCUCUGAAUGCUGCAGGGGUCACGAAGGAUCUCUUGCCUUGUCUCCCUCUCAGUGUGCUGGCCUGGAUGCACAUCCUGGAUCCAACCUCAGGGAAAGCUGGACACCUUGCUGUACAUAUCAGUGUUUGUGAAGAAAGACGAUGAUGUUUCUUUGACUUUCUUCUCAGUGAUUCCAACAAUUACUGGUUUUAAUGCAAAAAGUAUUAGCUUUUUUUUCUUUUUUUUUUAAUUAGGCAUCUGUUUAGAAGUGAACAGAUGCUGGCAGGUUGCUUCUCAUAUUUUCUAUUCAGCAAAAGCCUUAUUUUACUGCAAGAUUUGCACUUUGAAAAGGAGGGUAUUUUGCUCACCGUGGCCAGGAGUUCACUCUGGCCAAGUGCAACUGUAGUUUGCCUGCAGGUGUCUUCUGUGUGUAUUUUCGGAUGAGUUUUGUUUUUAAAUAAAGACUUCAUCAGACAGUGAA